UAUGCAGUUGUCACCGGAUGGAGAAAAAACACUCGAUAUAUUCGAAAAUUUCAUGAAACUCGCUUCCGAGCGUAUUUGCACUAUAUGGAAGUAUCCAGAUCUCAUAUACCAGUGGACCAAAGCGUACAAAAAGCAACUGUCUUGUAUAGAUACUUAUUACGACACAAUAUUGGAGAAAGUAGCACGUCAUAUAGACAUAGACAAAAGAAUCAAUGAGGUGAAUGAAGCUGAUAAUUCUACAAAAAAACAUAACUUCAUUCACUGCCUUUCGAAGUAUUUGCGUUCACAAGGACCAAUCCCCAGAGAAGACGUUUUGGCCCAUUUCUGUCUCAUUGUUUUCGCCGGUAAUGAAUCCACAGCUAAAACGGUCAGUACCGCUAUGCUUAUGCUCGCAAUGCAUCCAGAGAUACAAGAACGAUGCUAUCAGGAAAUUAAUACCGUUUGCCCUGGCGAAAACCAAUAUAUAUCCGCUGGAGAUGCUGCGAACUUAACGUACCUUGAAAUGGUGAUCAAAGAAACACUGCGACUGUUACCCGUGGUUCCUGUGUUGGGGCGAACAGCAACCAGUGACGUCAAACUGAACGAUCGACAUACAAUUCCGGCCAACACAGGAAUCGUCAUAGGAACGUUCCAAAUCCAUCGUGACCCGAAAAUCUGGGGACCUAACGCCGAACGAUUUGAUCCGGACAAUUUCCUACCGGAGAAUGUUGCCAAACGACAUCCAUACUCGUUUAUACCGUUCAGUGCAGGCCCGCGGAACUGUCUGGGAGUCCGAUACGCUUGGUAUUCCAUGAAAAUUCUUCUAGCUUACAUUGUGCGGCAAUACAGGCUGAGCACUACUCUCAAAUUGGAUCAAGUGAAAGUGGCUUACGGAGUGCUAUUGGCAUUGAAGGAUGGAUAUCCAGUGUCGCUAGAGAAGAGGAAAUGAUUGUUCAACCACUAUCUGAUGGAUCGAAAGAAAGUUUUUAUGAGUUUUACAAUAGGGUUUCGAUCUACUUUGUCGAAAGUGCUAAUUCCCGUCGUAUCGGCUGAGAGAAAAAAAAACUUUUACGCAUCAAUAUGUCCGUGAUGCCCGCAUAAACUAUGCUGCACUGUGAGAAAUUGUCGUGCAGUUAUUCGGUCGAAACGAAUUAAAGUAAGAUAGGGUAAGAGAAUGCAGAAAAAUCAAUAGGUUAUUAUGCUAAGUUCAGACUACAGAGUUGCAUCAUGAUACAAGCGGGUUUCGUGAUAUUUGGCCAAUAUCAUGUUUCUGGAACGUGGUAGAGACAGAGUAAAAUUUCAUAUUCGCUGUGAAUUUUAUUGAGGUCCACUGCGAACCUCCUGGCCGUUUACAAACUGUGGCCACCCACAUAAAGGAAAAAUGUUGCGGCAUUUAAUAAGCCCAGCUCGAUGGCGGAUGCAGAGUGAUAGUUCCGAAAAAUUAUACCAAUGGUUGUUGAUAAUUCAUCCAGGAAUCGCUAUAUCAUCACUUUCAAAUAAUUUCCGGAAAUCAUAUAUGAAUUUUCAGAUGAACAACCAGAAAAUAGUUGAAUAAUAUUUCCGUUGCGACUACGGAGGAUUUCGCUAAGGAAUCCUGUGGGAAUCAUUCCUGAUAUUUCUUUUUCUCCAAAGGUGAACCAACAUAUUUUUUCCAGCAAUUCUUCAUAAAGUUAUAAAAG